UGGUAAUCUCAUAUUGUUAAAUAACAUAAAAAAUUCAAAAUGAAGCGAAUGUUUAGCCUGAAUAAGGCUCAUGGAUCAGAAACUUCUGUUAUUUUUCGUUGGCAAAAGAAACUCGGAAAUUACUUGGCAACCACUGGUCAUGAUCACGUCAUAAGAAUAUGGGACAGGCACGGUCAGAUAGAAGAAGAGGUUGUUUUGCCAAGCCCAUGCACUGGUCUAGAAUGGGACCAUGAUGGAGGUGCAUUGGCUGCAAUAUGUGAAAAAAGCAGCACAUUAUUCAUAUGGGAUGCAAAUCAACAUAAAGUUAUCAAUAUUGAUAGCGGAGCCAAAGAUGGACAUACUCAUUUGAUGUGGUCGAAAACAGAUUUGUGUUUGGCUGUUGGUACUUCGAAAGGCAACGUAAUUCUUUACGAUCAUAAAGUUGGUCGCAAAGUACCUAUACUUGGCAAACAUAACAAGAAAAUUGUUUGCGGUGCAUGGAGUUAUCAAAAUAAAUUUGCUUUGGGAGGAGUUGACAACACUGUUACAAUCAGCGAUAAAGAGGGUAAAACUCUUUUUCAAUUCAAUGUUCGUGAUACCCCAAGUUUAAUGCAGUUUUCUGAAAUGAAAGGGAACACUAGAAGUGAUUUAGGAGAAAAUACAGUCAGUCUUGUGGUUGGGAGAAAGACAUUGUAUCUCUACAAUAUGUCUGAUACAUCAAAUCCGAUUGAACUUGCAUUCCAGUCUAGAUAUGGAAAAAUUGAGUCAUAUCGUUGGUAUGGCGAUGGUUAUAUUAUGAUUGGAUUUUCUAAUGGAUAUUUAGUCGUCAUAUCGACGCACGUAUCUGAAAUUGGUCAGGAACUUUUCCAAGUUCGCAAUCAUCAUGAUUAUUUGUCUUGUGUCACAAUUUCACAAUCAUUAAAUGCUGCUGCAUCUUGUGGAGACUCGAGUAUUAGAAUUCACGACCUGAGAGAAUUGAGUGAAAUAACGGCUAUUAUUAACAUUGAAGAUGAACCGAAGGGUUUAAAAGAAAUCCAAUGGACGGAUGACGGACAGCUUCUUGCUGUAUCUGGGGCCAAAGGAAACCUGCAUUGCUACUUAACAAAAUUACCAAUGCUUGGAGACACGCAUGGGACUAAAAUUGCCUAUCUUACAUCUCUUCUUGAAGUCACUGUUAUUAACCCCGUAGAAGGUGCAAAGCCUAUUAAAAUUCCCAUUGAUGUUGAGCCUGCAUUUAUUGCUUGUGGUCCAUAUCAUAUUGCGGCCGGUAUGAACAACCGAGCAUGGUUUUAUUUUGUCGGCGAGGAUGGAGCAGAGAGGUUGAAAGACCGUGAAUACCUCGGAACGAUUCAAAGUAUGCAUCUCAAUUCUGAUUAUGCUGCUGUAAUGUUUGAAGGUAAAGUACAAUUACAUAUGCUUGAUGCAACUUCAAAUAUGGAAGACAGAGAGACAAAGUUAUUUCCAGAACGAGAUGAUCUUGGAAAAGUAACUUCAUGUGACAUUACAAAUGAAUAUUUGAUUUAUAGCACUGAUAUGGGGAGCUUGCAUUUUUUCAGUAUGGAAGAUUGGAAUCAGGUAAACGUCUUUCGUCAUGCGAAUGGAAUUCGCUCUAUUCAUCAAGAUUAUUCAGGUACAAGACUUGUUAUUGUCGAUGAUCAAGGCCAAGGAUUUAUAUAUAAUCCAGUUAAUGACGCUCUUCAUAAAAUUCCUGAUUUUCCAUCAAAUAUACAAGGGCUCGUCUGGGAAAGAUAUCCUUAUGAUAAAGGAGUGUUCAUAGUGUAUGAUGAAACAAAUAUAUUGACUUAUGUUUAUCAUCGAGAAUCCUUGAAUGGGCCACAUGUAAAUCUUGUUGGAAUAACACAUCUUCCAUUUUCACAACACCCUCUCCUUCUAUACAAUGGGAAUUUGUCGUUGCAACUAACGAAUGGAAAAAUAAACACAAUAUUGCUUGACACUCAUUCGUUUCUAAAGGAAGAGGAAACUGAAAAAGACGAAGAUUCAGAUGUUUUACAAAAAAAUUUAUCUCUCGCUAUUUCAUUAUGUCGAUGGAGGGAGGCCUGGUCUAUAUGUGCUUCAUUGAAUAAAAAGAAACUUUGGCUGAGACUGGGAAUGGCUGCAAUAACUGCAUUAGAUCUUGACCUUGCUGUUCGUGUAUACAGAUGUGUUCAGGACGCAGGGAUGGUCUUGUCAUUACAGCAAUUGAGAGAUAUUGAGGACAGUAAUCUUUUGGCUGGGACCCUUGCAUCUUACAUUGGAGAUUUUGAGCUAGCUCAAGAACUGUUACUGAAUUCUGGGACUCCGUCAGCGGCCUUGGACAUGCGUCGAGAUCUGUUGCAUUGGGACACAGCUAUGCAACUGGCUCAGACUUUGGAUCCAGAACAAAUACCCUUCAUUGCUAAAGAAUAUGCCCAACAAUUGGAAUUCACCGGUAACUAUCCCAGCGCACUUUCUCAUUAUGAAAAAGGAUUAACGCGUAGAAUUGAGUACAAGCAACAUGAUGAGAUUUGCAUUGAUGGAAUAACACGUAUGUCAAUAAGGCAAGGAGAUAUUAGAAGAGGAGUAACACAAGCAAAAAAGAGUGGAAACCGACAACUGAAAAAGGAGUGUGCUGCAAUACUUGAAAGCAUGAGGCAAUUCCCAGAAGCAGCUGAACUAUAUGAAGAGGCAGAAUUCUAUGAAAAAGCAACUGCAGUAUAUAUAAGAUGCAAAAACUGGAAUAAAGUUGGGGAAUUGUUACCUAACGUUACAUCCCCCAAGCUUCAUCUUCAGUAUGCAAAGGCUAAAGAGACGGAUGGUAAAUUUGCAGAAGCUGCUCUUGCAUAUAGAAAUGCUAAAGAUUUCGAAAAUGAGAUCAGAGUUUAUCUUGAUCAUUUACAAAAACCUGAUGAAGCAGUUAGGAUUGUGAAAGAAACGGGAUCUAUCGAAGGUGCCAGUAUGGUGGCAAGAUUUUUUAUAAGACUUGGAGAUUAUGCUUCAGCGAUACAAUUUCUGGUUUUAUCAAAAUGUAAUGACGAAGCUUUCCAAAUGGCACAACAACAUGGACAAAUGGAGAUUUAUGCUGAAAUAAUUGGAACAGAUGCGACACCGAAUGAUUUACAAAGUAUUGCCGUCUAUUUUGAAAACGAGAGAAAUUACUUUUUGAGUGGUAAAUUCUAUUAUCUUGCUGGAUUAUACAACAAAGCAAUAAAACACCUUAUUAAAUCAGCUCUAUCUUCUACCACUGUUGAUGAAACUCAAGCUAUAGAACUGGGGAUAGAAACUGCUUCGAAGUCGAAAGAUCAAUCCAUCGUACAAACAUUAAUAUCAUUUUUGAUCGGUGAAAAUGAUGGCGUUCCCAAGGAUCCAAAGCAUUUAUUCAGGUUGUACAUGUCACUGGAUCGAUACCAUGAUGCUGCACAGACUGCAAUUAUUAUUUCAAAAGAAGAACAGAAGUCUGGAAGCUACGCUAGCGCUCGUGAUCUGCUUUUCAGCAUGAUGAAAGAACUUAAAGAUCGUGACAUCAAGAUCCCUUCUGAAAUGGAAAGUAAUUUGCUCAUCCUGCAUUCAUAUAUACUUGCUAGAAGUCAUAUAAAGCGUGGUGAUCAUUUGAAAGCAGCUCGAAUGUUGAUUAGAGUCGCAGAAAAUAUUUCAAAGUUUCCUGGCCAUAUCGUUCCUAUUUUAACAUCUACUGUUGUUGAAUGUCACAAAUCCGGACUACGGGCAAGUAGUUUCAGUUAUGCUGCAAUGCUUAUGCGUCCCGAGUAUCGAAAUAAAAUUGAUGAAAAAUACAAGAGGAAAAUAGAACAAAUUGUUAGAAAAUCUGGUGGUAAAGGGGAAGAUGAAGAAGAACCAGAUGCUCCCUGUCCUUUUUGUAAUUAUUCACUGUCUGAAACAGAGCUUCUCUGUCCCAGUUGCAAAAGUCAAAUACCGUAUUGCAUUGCUACAGGUCGUCAUAUUGUGAAGACUGAUAUGUGUGUUUGCCCGUCAUGUGAUUUUCCAGCAUUGUAUAGCGAAUUUCAAAAGUUUCUGGAUUCGGAUCCUACUUGUCCCAUGUGCUCUGAAACUGUUCUCGCUGAUACUUUGGUGCGCGUAAAAGAUACUGAAAAAUACUUGAAAAAGCAGUAGGCAUUGCAGGGCUAAAAUAAAUAUGAACACAACAUUCAAUGUUCAUGUAGCCAUCUAAUCGUGGAACAACUGAAUGUUGUGUAUAACUGUGCAUAUAACAGAAAUUCAUAAGAAUUAUAAUUGAAAAAAAUGAAGCUGCUGAAUAUAGUGUAUGGGUGAAUAGCAAUAUGUAUCAAUUAUAUAUAUAUGUAUAAUUCUCCUAAAUAAUUGCAGCACUGGUGAUGUAAAAUUGUUACACUGUUGGUUUGAAGUAAAAGUGCUUUUAAGUUGUCAAAUAUAUCUGAAUUCAGUAUUUUUAUAUUUAUUCAAUGCUGGGUACUUCUGAGCAUCAAUGCUUGAUGUUGCUAUCAUUUUGAAUGUAUUUAGGAGUAGGCCUACUGGUGCUCCUAUCUUAUUGACUUGACAUAUUGUAUUUUUGUAUAAAAUUUUCGUAUGGUAUAGUUUUCUGAUUCAAAAACAAGAGAAAAAUGUUCCUCUA